AUGCAGGAGCGAACGCUGCGGCGCAUCGCCAAAGCGUACAACCUGGAGAUCAUGCAGAUCGAUCGUCUGAAAGACGUCUUCGACAAGUAUGACGCCGAUGGCAGCGGCCAAAUUGAUCACUCGGAGUUCCGGGAGGUCUUGUGCUGCCUCUUGGGCGCAGCCCCUGACGACAUCUCCCAGCAGAUGCUGGACCGAUAUUGGGUGGAAGCCGACGUCAACGGUGAUGGAGACAUCUCCUUUGAGGAGUUUGUGGCGCCUUGCCUUUUUGUGGUCGGGGAGCCGGGGAAGUUGUAG